AUGGCGGCCGUACAGGGUGGUAUGGUCGACGCGGCUGAAGAAAAAGACAUAAAAACAGAACCAGCAAACGACGGCUGUGGAAAUAAUAAUGCAAACGAGGGAAGGUUGCUCUCUACGUCCCCGGGCUCCAGUGCUCCGGCUGGGGGUAACAAAUCCCCGGAGGAGCAGCAGACGCUGCUGGCUGUCCUGCAAUUCCUCAAAAAGAACAAACUGACCGAGUCCGUCGAAAUUCUGCGUCGUGAAGCGGGAUUACCGGAGGACUCACUGGACCUGAAGGGGGGUGACUCCUCCGGGGCAGGCUCCGGGGCUUCUGCGGGCAGCGUGGACGUGGAAAGUGGCGGGGAUACGAGCUCUCUUCUGAGCCGGGUGACCAGCUCAUCCUCCGCUGUAGCCCAGGCGCCAACUAAAGCUGUUGGGGAGGAUCAGCCAGAUGUCAACGUGGUGCUGUCAGCUUACAGCCAGCAGGGAGACCCGGCGCUGUACCAGGUUUACUACAGCGGCCUGAAGAAGUUCAUAGAGUCGGUCUUGGACUGUCACCGAGCGGAGCUGUCCCAGGUCUUCUACCCACUGUUUGUACACAUGUAUCUGGAACUGGUGUACAACAAUCAUGAAAGUGAGGCCAAGGCGUUCUUUGAAAAGUUCAGCGGCGAUCAAGAGUGUUACUACGAAGACGACUUGCGCGUUCUGUCCAGCCUGUCCAAGAGGGAGCACAUGAGAGGCAACGAGACCCUGCUGGACUUCCGUACCAGCAAGUUCGUCUUGCGUAUCUCCCGUGACUCCUACCAGCUGCUGAAGAGGCACCUGCAGGAGCGUCAGAACAACCAGAUCUGGAAUAUCAUCCAAGAGCACCUCUACAUUGACAUCUUAGAUGGCAUGCCGCGCAGCAAGAGCCAGAUCGACGCCAUGUCUGGCAGUUUGGCGGGAGAGGCCAAGCGAGAGGCCAAUAAGGCUAAGGUUUAUUAUGGACUGCUGAAGGAACCAGAAAUUGAGCUGCCUCUUGAUGAUGAGGAUGAGGAGGCCGAGAAUGAGGAGGGUAAACCCAAGAAGAAGAAACCUAAGAAGGACAGCAUGGGCUCCAAGAGCAAGAAGCAGGAUCCUAAUGCACCUUCACAGACAAGGAUACCUCUUCCAGAACUAAAAGAUUCAGACAAGCUGGACAAGAUCAUGUACAUGAAGGAGGCCACCAAGAGGAUCCGCCUGGGACCUGAUAACCUGCCCUCCAUCUGCUUCUACACAUUUCUGAAUGCUUACCAGGGUCUAACUGCAGUUGACUUCACAGAUGACUCCAGCCUGAUCGCAGGAGGCUUCGCUGACUCCACAGUGCGGGUGUGGAGUGUCACACCGAAAAAGCUCCGCAAGGUCAAGUCUGCAGCAGACUUGAAUCUGAUUGAUAAAGAGUCAGACGAUGUGCUGGAGAGGAUCAUGGAUGAGAAGACGGCCAGCGAGUCAAAGAUCCUCCAUGGACACAGUGGACCGGUUUAUGGCAUCAGCUUCAGCCCAGACAGAAACUACCUGUUGUCGAGUUCAGAAGAUGGUACAGUCCGGCUAUGGAGUCUCCAAACAUUUACUUGUCUGGUGGGCUACAAAGGUCACAACUACCCAGUGUGGGACACCCACUUUUCCCCCCAUGGGUACUAUUUUGUCUCCGGGGGACACGACAGAGUUGCUCGUCUGUGGGCAACAGAUCACUACCAACCUCUGAGGAUUUUUUCUGGUCACCUAGCUGAUGUCACCUGCACCCGCUUCCACCCCAACUCCAAUUAUGUGGCCACAGGGUCUUCUGAUCGCACCAUAAGACUUUGGGACGUCCUGAACGGAAACUGUGUCCGGAUCUUCACUGGUCACAAGGGUCCUAUACAUGCGUUGGCUUUCUCUCCCAAUGGGAAGUUCUUGGCUUCAGGAGCCACUGAUGGCAGAGUUCUUCUGUGGGAUAUUGGGCAUGGGCUGAUGAUUGGAGAGCUGAAAGGCCACACAGAUACCAUCUACUCACUCCGGUUCAGCAGAGACGGAGAGAUCCUUGCAUCUGGCUCCAUGGACAACACAGUUCGUCUGUGGGAUGCUACGAAAGCAUUUGAUGAUUUAGAGACUGAUGAUUUCACAGCAGCUACAGGACACAUCCAUCUACAAGAUAACUCCCAGGAGCUUAUUUUGGGCACCUACUUGUCUAAAUCCACACCUGUCAUACACCUUCACUUCACCCGCAGGAACCUGCUGCUGGCUGCUGGGGCCUAUAAUCCAUGAGACUAUACUGAAUGAUUAGAAAAUAAUUUACAGAAGCUUGAAAUGAAGCGUCUGAUCCCCAAGCUCCACAAGUAACUGAAGAGGUUUGCCGUGCAGUUGGAAGAACACAACUGUAUUACCAACAAAUCACCUCUGGUGGGACUCUAGCUGUGAAUGAAGAUAAAUAUUUAGUUAGUUGACUUCUGUUCUGGCUCUCAGUCGCACAGAUUUGGGUCACAAAUUAAGCUGAUCUAUCGCUGAUAUCCCCUCGCGAUGAAAAGUGCCACUGUUGAUUGAGGACCUGUUUUUUUUUUUUUUUUUUUUAAUUACUGCCAUGAGUACAGCUUUGCUCAACAUGUGGCUGACAUUUCUGUGUCAUACUAUUUUAUAUUGCCAUACACUGUAAAUAAAACAAACAUGUUUUCUAUGUUUUGGA